AAGAAAAUCUAUUAAACAUCUUCAUUUUUGUCAGUUCAUUUUGUCCAUUUUCAAUUAGUUUGAUCGAUAGCAGCUCCUUUCCGUGUUAAGUACACACCUUGAGCACACAAAUGACAGAUUAAAAGUCAGAAAGCGAAAUCUCGCUUAGUUGUUGUUGCAUUGCAUUGAACAUCAGUAGUCAAUAGUUUUUUUUUAAAUAAUUUGGUUAGACAUACACACACAAUGGACGAAAAGAUUUCGCAAAACGGCACCGAUGAGGCCCAAGACAAAAAAUCGCAGAAGAAAGUAGCAAAACACGAUGGUGGUGUUGCCGAUUUGGAACGUGUUACAGAUUAUGCCGAAGAAAAGGAACUCUCAUCAGCGGAUAUAUCAAAUGCAAUAAAUAUUUUCGGAGACAAAAGAAACAAAGAGGCCGCCGAAAAAUUGGCAAAGGAACAAGAAUUACAAAAGAUUCACGUGAAAAAAGAAGACAUUGACAUUAUUGUAAACGAACUUCUCAUCUCGCGUCAACAAGCCGAAAAAGUGCUACGAGAACACAGAGGCGAUGUGGUUAAUGCCCUUAUCGCACUCACCAACUAAAAAUAUUAUUUGUAAUUUUCAUUUGGAGAUUGUUCGACACAUCGCAGAGAGAGAAAAAACCCGUACUGAUUAAGAUCCAAUUAAAUAAAAAAUAAAAUAAUCCAUUUUUUUCGGUAGAAAGCGUGAGGCAUUCAUAAA